GACGAGAACUCAUCCGGCCAACUUUUCGGCUUCUUCAAACAGGGUCGACCUAUGGAAAUGAGACAUCGGGACACGGUGUACUUACAGACUUGGCUGCACAACUACGUUGAGUACAGGUAUUUCGAGGACAGCAACUUGUAUGCUAAGAGAUGGCAGAGACGUGAGCCGCAGACUCUCACAGUUCUCAAGAAGGCUGUGUUGGAUGCCUCCACAACGGAAGUGGCACGCAGGUUGCAAUUCCAAGCUUUUGACUUGGACGGAAACGGAACUAUCAGCAAGAGCGAGAUUGACAUGAUGCUUUCGCUCAUCAGAGGCGCUGAGCCAAGCGUGGAAGAAGUUGAUGAGAUCAUGGCAAACGCUGAUCCAGCAUGCACGGGCAACAUACCCUUUCCGUCCUUCGCUGCCUGGGCAGAUGCUGGUGGCAUGUCGGAAGAGGAGCUGAACCAUGCGGAGGUCCUGGGAAACAUCGCGCAGAGAUGCUAUGAUGCCGUGCAUGAGGGGGCAUGCCUCGUUGAGGUAUUGGGCACCAUCGAUAGCAGGACCGUCCAAGGCAUGGUCUCCCAGUACGCAGAGAAUCUGAAAUCAGGAAACCUGAGCGAAAUCAUCGUCGAGAAAGCGGCCGCUGAGUCUGACGGCUGGUUCUUCUCCGGCCAGUGGAGAAAUUGCAUGAAAGCUUUGUUGGAGCCGGAGGUCGACCUUUGGGUCCGCUGCUUGAACGAUGCAAUGAGCGGUUGGGGCACCGACGAGAACUCGCUGUCCGCCUUGGUGUUCCUGGCAGGCUUUUAG